UUGCUGGAAUAUUGCUAAAUCCAUACUCACUCACUCACUUAAUUUUACAACAGUAAAUGAGGAAAUGACACGAGCACAAUGGAAUUUCAAAUAUGAUUCCCACGGCGGUCUUAUAUCAAAUUAUGCAAUGGAGAACCUAUCAAACUCUUGGUUCUUUGAAUUGACACUCCUUCCGAAAGCAUUACAUUUGAGUGAUUUCUCUGAAGGAAAGGUUCGGUUUAACCAUGGUCUUUUCGACUGAAACCACCACGACCUGGCUGAGAAUCAACUGUAACAACAAUAGCGUGACGUCCUCGUCAUGGUGUAAGAUUGCGUGGUUCACGACAAAACAUAGCAUUCUCAUUGUGUUUUCGAUUACUGUUACAUAAUAUCUAAGUAGUAUUUAUCAUGUGUGAUGAUAUCGGGCACAACAUUGGCGUUUCACUUCUUUUUUUGUUUACAAAGAGACAUGAAAUUCAUGUACCUCGAUUUAGAGUGCACACAGUUCUUGGAGUGUUCGAAGAAAUCACAUUUGCUCCAAAUUCAAUCACGGUAAGACCUCAGGUGAGCAAAUAGAUCACGCAAUUUAAGAGAUAAAAAAGAAGUAGGCCAUAGAGGCGUCACAGAACUAUUGCAGUAUGAACAGGUGCCGUUUCAGCAGACAAUUCGUGUAGCCUAUUUUGGCAAAUGUGCCGGUACUUAUGUGUGGAAUGGGAAGUCUGUUCUCUCUUGUAGAUUAUGUCUAGUUUGGUGGACAUGCUUGGUUUGUGUGUCUUCGAGACCAGUUUAGGCGUGUUAUUUGUAGUACUGGUAUUUGUCACAUUAUGGGGACAGGUGCUCAACCUUUGUCUACUCUGUCUUGCGUGUUCUGUUAGUUACUGGUUUAUACGCAAAGCAGGCACAAAGAUGGUCGACACACAAGGGAAAUAUGUUCUUAUUACAGGGUGUGACACAGGCUUCGGGAAUAGCCUCGCUAGACUACUGGACACCAAGGGACUGAACGUCAUCGCCGCGUGUCUCUCUGAGGAAAGUGACGGUGCCAAACAAUUGAAGACAACAGGGAGCAGGCGCAUGUGUGUUUUACAGCUAGACGUAACUUCGGAUGAAAGUGUUGCUUCAUGUCUUCAGAGGGUGAAGACGCUAUGUAACAAAGAAGGAUUAUGGGCCUUGGUAAACAAUGCUGGCAUACAAUACACAGGGGAUGUGGAGAUACAGACAAUGGAUAUCUACAGGAGAGUUGCAGAAGUAAAUCUCUUUGGUAUGGUUCGAAUGUGCAAGGCGUUUCUACCUCUUGUGAGGCAAAGAAAAGGACGCGUAAUCAACGUAACCAGCGUGCGUGGUCUGAUAGCAUGUCAAGGUCACACAGCUUACGUCAUGAGUAAGUUUGCCGCAGAAGGAUUCACAGAUUGUUUGAGGCUGGAGAUGAGGAGAUUCGGGGUCAAGGUCAUCCUUAUAGAACCAGGCGGUUAUGGGCUCAGCACUGGUUUGUUUAGUGUGGAGAACGUUAAGCAACAAAAGGUAGUGUACCAGAAGUUACUAGACUCUGUAGAUGACGAGAUACGAACAGCGUAUGGACAACAAUAUUUGGAUACAUAUAUGCGCGUCCCUAAGAUGAUCCCGGGGAUCCUCUGACAAAGAUCUAAAAGGUGUUCUGGAUGCAUUUGAGGAUGCCAUACUGAGCACAACCCCAGACAAUCGAUACCUCGUGGAUGGAAUUCAUAACAGGAUUGACGUAUUGUGUAUGAUGGCACGACUACGCAACUUUCUGCCGGUGUCGGUGAUGGAUGCUCUUUAUCUCUGGCUCCAGCCACUGCCAAAAGAGGCCUUUUACACUACUACGUCGUGAAGUGAGGUGUUAAUAACCUGGUCAAUACAAUGCAUUUUCUGACUGGAAUAAUAACUACAGUUGGUUUGCUAUACAGCUGGGGUUUCGGUUUCGCCGAUGAACAGA